GUUAACCUUGAGGAAUGGUCCAAAUCGCCAAGAAAUUAGGAAAUCAACUCAUCGGUGCAGCUUCAAAAGUUAACUGAGGUUGAUGGCAGUUUCAACCUGUGAAAUAUGAUACUCGGCUUCUCAGGGCUUGAAACAGAACCUUGGAAAGUUGAUGACAUCAUAGAUUGUGUCUGAUUUCCAUUGGGAUGCAGUGAGGAGGAACACAAGAGGUGCCAUCACCUUAUAUUUGCUUGUUUGGAGAGAAAAUAGCCUAAAGAUGCAGAACGAAGUUCCAAUUAUCGGAAGUAUCCAGAAGAUCGUUUUGUAUGAGACAAAACAGAGAUUCUAUGUCGUCGGGUCAAACAACACCGAGACGAGAUUCCGCGUUCUCAAGAUAGAUCGUACCGAGCCUCAUAUCCUGCACGUCGUAGAUGAUCAGAUUGAAUACACGCAGAAGCAGAUCCGUGACAUGUUGAUGAUGAUCGAUUACGGGAAUCGGCCAAAGCAACAGAGCAAGAAGACAGCUGGUCUCUGUAUUACAGUCUCAGCUUUCGGAAUAGUUGGUUUUGUUCGAUUCCUUGAGGGCUACUACAUCAUCUUGAUCACUAAGCGAAGGAAGGUGGCGCUCAUUGGAACGCACACUAUCUACAAGGUCGAGGAUACUAGUAUGAUCUAUAUUCCCAAUGAUAGUUUUAGCUGUCCUCAUCCGGAUGAAUCAAAAUAUGUAAAGAUGUUCCAAAAUAUUGACCUGUCAAGUAACUUCUACUACAGUUACAGCUAUGAUCUGACUCACACCCUGCAGUUCAACCUCUCCCCCAGCAAGAACAUUGAGCCUCGCGUCAAACAAUCCGAGUUCUGCAAUUCGGGUGUAAAGUUUUGGCAAAAACACACAGAAGAUCCCGGGACUUAUCCAGGUAUAUCCAAACGGCGAUCGAAUCGAUUUGCAUAUUCGAGGUAUUCAGGCUCUAGUGUUGAUGAAGGAGAUGUCGAAGACGCGAGUAAAAGUGUGGCGUGUUUCCAUAACAUCACCCAGCAGCCAAGAGAUGACAAGGCAACAGAUGAGGAGGAGCCACUUUCACCAGAUGGUGGCACUGCUAAUGGCAAGAAGUCAGAUCCAGUGUACGGAACGCGCACUGAGCCGACGCGGAAAUACGUGUGGAAUAAUCACUUGAUCAAACACCUUGAGAACAUGGUCCAUCCUGAUUGGAUACUCUACAUCACGCAUGGAUUCCUCGGACAGUCAAAUAUCAAUAUAUUUGGUAAAUCUAUCUACAUGACGCUGAUUGCCCGACGCUCAAACAGAUUUGCUGGGACGAGAUUCCUCAAGCGCGGUGCUAACUGUGAGGGCGAUGUGGCAAAUGAAGUUGAAACAGAGCAGAUCGUCCAAGAUGUGUCGACUCUCAACUUUAGAAAAAGGCGUCACUUUACAUCUUUUGUUCAGCAUCGAGGUUCCGUUCCGCUGUUCUGGUCACAAGACGUGACCAAGAUGGUUCCAAAACCUCCAAUAGGUGUCGACCAGCGUGAUCCAUAUUCAUAUGCUAGUGGCGUUCACUUCAAUGAAAUGUUACGACGAUAUGGUGCUCCAGUUAUUGUGCUGAAUCUAGUCAAGAAACGUGAAAAGAAGAAACACGAGAGUAUCCUGACGGAGGAGUUUGUCGAAGCGAUUCAAUACCUCAACCAGUUCCUGCCACCCGAAUUCGCCAUCAAUUAUACUGGCUUUGACAUGGCAAGGGUUAACAAAAGCAAGAAUUCAAAUGUUCUCGCUCGCUUGGCUGAGAUUGCGGACGUGGUGGUGAAAAAGAUUGGAUUCUUCCAUACUGCACCUCCUGACAACACAGAAUGUCGGUCAGAAUGCACUUCAAGUGACAUUGUACACAAACAGCAUGGCGUACUCCGAACCAAUUGCGUGGACUGUUUGGACAGGACCAACACAGCACAGUUCGUGGUCGGGAAAUGUGCAUUAGCUCUUCAGCUUCAUGCUCUGAACGUUCUGGAAACACCCGAGCUAAGAUUUGAUUCCGACUGCACAAGAAUGUUGGAGGAGUUGUACGAAGAUCACGGUGACACAUUGGCGUUGCAAUAUGGAGGUUCUCAGCUGGUUCAUCGCAUCCAGACGUACAGGAAGAUAUCGCCCUGGACGUCGCAUAGUCGUGACAUCAUGCAGACGUUGUCUAGAUACUACAGCAAUACAUUUUCUGAUGCUGACAAGCAGCAUGCCAUCAACCUGUUCCUUGGUGUGUUUGAGCCAAGUGAGAAGAAACCAAACAUUUGGGAGUUUCCGACGGACAUGUACCUGCAUAACCAUGUGGCAAUGGGGAAACCAAUUCUUAGGAAGAAAUGCUAUUCCCAGUGGUGGGACUCGGAAAUAAUGUCUCAUCUACCAGCAGCCUAUGAGGAGGAGACAAAGGGUGUCAGUCAGAAACAAUGGGUCAUUCGCACCGAUCCCGAGGACGAGCGUACAGAUGGAUUCUGGGAUUAUUACAAACCUUACGAGCUGACGAACCUGGAGGAGCUGUACAGCAUGUGUAUGCCUAAUUCCAUCAGCAUUAAAAGUGGUGCUGGCCAAAAAAGAGAUUUCAUGCCGAAGAACUCCCAAGACCACAGCCCGUUCGCCGUGAGGGUGCAAGUCGGAAGACGACAGGAGGAGUCUGGUUUUGGUGUCAUCCCAGAAUUGCUUCUCUCGCGAUCUAUUAGAUGGGAGACAGUGCCUCAUAAAUUACUAUCUCGUCAAGCACCGCAGCCUAAACGUGCUUCAAUUACAGAAAUUGCUAAAAGAAGAAGUUCGCUGGCAGAUAAUAAGAACCCCAAUGUCUCUGGGAAGGAUUCGGCGUCCUCCAUUGCUGGGUCGGAGGUGAGCACGAGCAGCAGUAACGAGUCGGAUAUCGAUGGUGACAUAGAGAUUGUGCGGUCAGUAAAUGCCGGCACGGGUGACUCACCAACUGGAUUCGUGUCUCUGCAGGAUCUCUUCCCGACGAUGAAGCAGACAUAUGGUGUGGAGAUUCAGGAACCAGACAAGAGGAGUCUAUUCUUCUACAAGAAGUACACAUCUAUCGGAGAGAAUUCGUGUAAACCACCCGAGACUGUGAAUGGCAAACGUGUUGUCUCCAAGGGGAUCACUCUCAUCCACAAGAGUAGCUUCAACCUGGAUAGUUCCUACAACGUUACACCACCCACAGUUACACGACAGUCCAAGGAAAUCUAUCGACAAUACGUUGCAAUGGGGCUCGGUCGACCUCAGGUUGUCUCAAAGAGGAACCACCAGAUAUACCAACAAUUCGUCAGGAAUAAAUAUCAGUGAAAAGACAUUCAAAGAUUGAUCUCCUUAAUGGACAACAUAUUUGUUCCAUUGUGCAAUAAUUAUCUCGGCUACAUGUGCAGAAAUUUGGUAAAACUUGCGUUCAUAUUUUGGGAGUUAUUCAAGAUUAAAAGUAGAAAAUCUUUUGUGUGUCACCUAGUAUAUGGCACAAAAAAACUAUCGAAUUUAAAUGACUGUUACUACAUUCUCAAAAGGAUAAACUAGAGGUACAUCAAAGUGACAAUUUCAAGAAGCUGCCAAAUUGAAAUGGCCACUGAUAUAUCCAGGUUUGGAGCUAGGACAUGUAAUAUUGUGAUACACAGUGAAUGUGCUGUUGACAUUUCUGUCUCUGUAUGUACCGUACUGUAUAUUAGUCGUAGUUCCACCUAUCAUAAAACCCCGUGUUUUUUCAAGACCCGUGUCUUCGCCAUGUGUCAAAAAACCCAUGGAGCACUUACACCUAUCAGUUGUGUUAGAUAAUGGUUAAUAGCCCCGGCGACAGGUGCGCUGUAGGUAGGGAGCUCUCCUGUGUUUCUUUCCCGUUGGAGGGGGCGCAAUACCGAGGCAACUACACCGCGCCAUCUGUCGCCGGAUGUUAGAACUUGCAAUUGCCGGGGCUAUUCAGAUUCCACCUAUCAAAAAACCUGUGUUGAACACUGGUCUAAAUUAGCCCCCGAUUAGCCCCAUCGAGCUCGAUGGGGCUAAUAGACACGGGGAUUUGACACACGAGUCUAUUUAGACACGGCAAUUCAUAGGUGUAAGCACAAAAGACACGGGGAUUUGAUAGGUGGAAGUACGACUAUAGUGACCUUAUUGAACAUGUACAUGUAAUGUAUAAUGUAGAUAUCAUGCUUCAUGUACUGUGGCAUGAAUACUGUGAUAUAACGAGAAUAAAAUGAAAUCAUGAUAUCAAUUAUUCAUCAAAGUGUCUUUACUUGUUAUACAUGUAAUGUAUAAUGUAGAUAUCAUGCUUCAUGUAUUGUGGCAUGAAUACUGUGAUAUAACGAGAAUAAAAUGAAAUCAUGAUA